UUGGACUUGGAUCUAAAAUUUUAAAAUUUUGUGAAAUUUUGGAUCCAUACUGGGCGACAUAACCCGGACCAAAACUGCAAAAAUAUAAGUUGGGCCCAAACAGCUCCGAGUCACUCCCGUAAACAACUCGCUCUCCUCGUGUCCAAACUCAUUGUCAAGAACAACCACCGGAGCAUCCACCAAGGAAUUUGGAUCCGAAACUACACGCUAGGGUUGACAAUGUCGUGUUUAGCUCUGUCGUUGCAACCGACUAAUGGAUCCGAUAUCUUGCUCCAAACCCGAGAGUGGUUCCCGCCUGCGCGAGCUCUCGUUGCGUUGUCUGCGUUUAGACAGACUCGAUUUGCGUUUGCAGCUGGGAAACAUAAUUCAGCUGAGGAUGGGGACACGUCGCUUGGGGAUGAUCCCCUUGCGGCUUCUAGUGGUCAGGUUAUUGUCGGUGUCGAAAGUCGGUAUAGGGUUAUUUACCGGUUGGUGAAUUCUAUUUACGUGUUGGGGAUCACGACGGUUGAUGAUGAUUGUGUGAACAAUGUGUUUGAGUGUAUUAGUAUUGUGAAUCAGGCUGUGAGUGUCGUGGUGACUGCGUGUCGGGGUGUUGAUGUUACGCCGGAGAAGUUGAGUAGGAAGUAUGCGGAGGUUUAUAUGGCGCUGGAUAUUGUUUUAAGGGGUGUGAGUAAUAUAAGGCUGGCGGCGAUGUUGGCGUCGCUUCAUGGGGAUAAUCUUUCGAAAAUGGUGCAUUCGGCUGUGAAUACGGAGAGUAGGAUUAGAGGGGCUGAUAGUUGGGGUAAUGUUGAGAUAUAUUCGAUUGAGCAUGAGGCGAGUGUGCAGUCUUUUUCGAAUGCUAGUUUUGAAUUGCCUGCGGAGACGUUGGAGGCGGGGGAUGAGGUUGCUGCAACACUUGUUAUAACUGGGCAGGCUGAGACAGAUCAGAAGGAGAAAGUUGAAGAGGUAGAAGAGGAGAAGGAUCCGUUUGCAGCGAGUGAAAAGCUUAAUAAGCCUGAGGAACUUGUCGGCGGGUUUAAAAAGGAUAAGGAACAGAGUUCUGACUUGUCAAAAGCAUUGGCGGGUCUUGAUGUUACCACAUUACCUCCAGCUGCGGCCACACAAUCAACACACAUUGGGGUUGAAGGAUUUGAAGGGGAGUACGGUGGUAUAGAGUUUAGUCACGAUAAUUCCACAUUACCAGAAGAUUUUGAAGGUCUCAAUCAAGCUUGGGGUGGUGGUUUGGAUGCAUCAGAGUUUGUUGGUCCAAAGAAAGUCCCCAAGUCCCAGGGUCUGGGUGGCCUUGAAUUGUUGCACACUAGUGAAGCACCAAAAGCUGCUGCUGAUGGUGCUGCUGCUCCACUUGAAGAUGUUUUGGUCACAAAAAGUGAAAUGAAGGGUCCUGAAAUGUAUAUAUUGGAGGAGAUAAAUGCUGAAUUUAGGGAAUCUCUACUUGCGAGAGUUGGAUUGAUGGGCACGGUUUACCUUAAAACUGUUCCUCCAAAGCCAUCUGAUGAUAAGGAAACUGAGUUCUCCUUCAGGGUUGAUGGCACAAGUGGUGUGAAGAGAUUUGUUAUGCAAAACUCUCGUAUUAGUAGCCUUGGAAAUGGGCUGUUCCAUGUGAGGACUUCACCUUCCACCGAUCCUAUACCUAUUUUGAAGUAUAGUCUUCUACCUCGAUCAACUCCACUGCCUUUGCGGGUUCGCUUAAUCAUGCGUCACAGCGGGACCCUACUUUCUAUGAUGAUUCAGUAUGUAUCCAAUCCAGAUCUGCCAGCCCCACUUAAAGAUGUGACAUUUACUCUGAAACUACCAAUAGACCCUAGACUGUUAAAGGUUACACCAAAAGCCAUGUUGAAUAGAUCAGAGAAAGAACUGAAAUGGCACAUUCCGGAGAUUCCUUUAAAGGGUGAGCCUGGAAGAUUGAGAGCUAGGAUGCCUGUGGAUUCUAGUUCAGAAGAUGAACUGGAAGAACUUGAGGUAGUCGGAUAUGUUAGAUUUUCUUACCAAGGCACUAGAUCAUUGUCUGGAAUUUCUCUGCAGCCUGCAUCCGAGGGUAGCAAAGAUUUCUAUGAGGUUGACCACAGGUAUGAAAGUGGGGAAUAUAUAUGCAACUAAUUAAUGAUGUCUUUUCUUGGUUUACAUUUGUGUCAAUUUGCUCUUAUUCAAUUGGAAUUGGAUGUGCAUGAAGCAUCCAAAUUGUAUUGUAGUCUGUAAUUUUGAUCAUAAAAUCACUGUGAGUUGCAUUCCUUUGUUAUAAGCCAGUAUUUUUCCUUUUAAAUAUUGUUUGGUUGUGAAUU